AUCACGCACGCAGUGUUUGGUUUCCGCGCCGAGCCGAUAUGGCAGCGACGAUCCUCGAGAGUAAACCAGGCGAUGAGCCUACUGAUGGAGGGGAGGACGCGGACAGGUCGAUGCUGAGGGCCGACAGCGGCAGCGGAGAUGACUCCAUGGACGGCAUCAGUAGUCGCGUCCCCUGCUGUCCUCUGACUCCAUCGCUGUCUCCACGGAAACGGACCACAAGCCAGUCCAAGACGGAGCCUCCACUGCUGAGAACCAACAAGAGGACCAUCUACACAGCAGGCAGACCUCCGUGGUACAAUGUCACCGGGACCACCUUCAAAGAGGCCUUCGUCAUCGGCCUGUGUGGAGGAAGCGCCUCUGGAAAAACCACAGUGGCCAAUAAGAUCAUUGAAGCACUAGAUGUUCCCUGGGUGGUUCUGCUUUCAAUGGACUCCUUUUACAAGGUGUUAAAUAAAGAAGAGCAGGAGCUUGCUGCUAAAAAUGAGUAUAACUUUGAUCACCCCGAUGCCUUCGACUUUGAGCUGCUGAUCACCGUCCUCAGGAAGCUGAAGAAGGGGAAAAGCAUCAAAGUUCCUGUCUAUGACUUCACCAACCACAGCAGACGCAAGGAAUGGAAAACCGUUUAUGGAGCUAAUGUGGUCAUCUUCGAGGGCAUCUUGGCUUUCGCCAACAAAGAGCUGCUAAAGGCAAGAGAAUUUCAUUUGUAUUUGUUUUUCAAGGUAAAUCCUUCAUAUUUGUUUGCAUGUUGGACAUAUUAUAGGCAGGUGUUUACGGCUCUGUUAAAGUUGCGGAUUUCAUUUGCUCAACUUUGUUUUCCUGCAGGUGGAGACAACUUUGUAGCUUUAGAUUUGAUCGUUCAGCACGUCCACAGUCAGCUGGAGAAGCGUGAGAUCAAUGUGAGAUCGGCUCUAGCCUCGGCUCAUCAGGGUCAGCCGUUACCCAAAACCCUCAGCGUCCUGGAGAGCACGCCUCAGGUCCGCGGCAUGCACACCAUCAUCAGGAACAAGGAGACCAACAGAGACGAGUUUAUCUUCUACUCCAAGAGAUUAAUGAGGCUGCUGAUAGAGCACGCCCUCUCCUUCCUGCCCCUCAAGCCUGUUUCAGUGGAGACGCCUCAAGGCACCAUCUAUGAGGGGAAGAGGCUGAGCGGUAAAAGAGUAAGCAUCAGUUCUGCAUGUAGAGUCUCACCACAUUUCUGAUGCAGAUAUUAGAACGCGCCAUGUUGGAUUAAUAAAGG